GUACACAUUGAUGACGUAUACACCGGCCGGCUUGCUAUAAACAAGCCCUCACUAAUGGUGUGGCGCGAGACCGGUUUUCUAGAUUCGUCAGAAGCAUAUCUACCUCGCGUCAGUGUUAGACGUUGUUUCUCGCUCAAAAAAUAACAGAUAAUAAACACAUAACCAUGUCCAAAGUGGAGUUCUACUACUUCCCAGUGAAGGCUCUCGGUGAGAGCGUCAGGCUGCUGCUGGCGUAUGGCGGUCAAGAGUUCGAAGACAACAGGAUCCCAGCAGACAAAUGGCCAGAGUUCAAACCUAAGACCCCAUUUGGUCAAAUGCCAUUGUUGGUCAUUAAUGGUAAACAGUAUGCACAGAGCACAGCUAUCAGCAGAUACCUUGGACGCAAGUACGGCAUUGCCGGAGCUGAUGUCGAAGAGGAUUUUGAGAUCGACCAGAACGUGGAACUGCUCCAUGAUCUGCGUGCAAAGGCAGCACAAGUGCAAUACGAAGACGACGCAGCCAUUAAGGCCAAAAAACACGAGAAAUACACGCGGGAGGUGUAUCCGAACCUUCUCAAGAAACUGGAUGAGAUCAUCAGGAAAAAUAACGGCCACCUCGCCGCUGGCAAGCUCACAUGGGCUGACUUUAUGUUCGCCGGCAUGUACGAUUACGUCAAGACAAUGAUGCAGGCACCUGACCUGGACGAGAAGUUCCCCAGCUUCAAGAAACUGGAGCAGACUGUGCUGAACCUGCCCAAGGUUAAGGAGUAUGUGGCUAAAGCGCCUAAAUGUGAAUUUUAAGGUUAAACCCUUUUUUUUUAAUUAGGCUCAUGUCACACAGUCUCUUUUUUUUAAUUAGGCUCAUGUCAAACAGUCUUUUUUUUUUUUUAUUAGGCUCAUGUCACACAGGCCUUUUGAUUUGCUCGAUGAGUGAGGAUGUAGGUAGAAAUGGGGUUUUAACUUAUAGAUCCAGUCCAGUGAUUGUAAUUAACGUAUUAUUUUGAAAAAGUUACUUAGUAAUAUCACUAUGGGUACGUAUAGCUUUGCUGAACGCUUACACGGAUGUUUAUCAUCCAAUUCUUGUUUCAACCCCAUUUACUUUAGGUGGACUGAAUUAUCUCGAAUUCCAUGACUUUUGGCAUGAUUGAAAAGGAUUUUAUGGAAUAACUAAUAAUUUCAAUGAGGAGGGAUUUCGAUCUAAUGAAUGUUUUUAUAACAUUUUUUGUGACUUGUAACAAGAACUUGACUUUCACUAAGUCAAAAAUAAGAGGCUAAAGAGUUCAUCCUCAGUCAAGUAAUGAUCUUCAGUUUAUUACAGACUUUUGGCUUAUUAAGUACUAGUUUCUUUUGCACAAAAAUAGUUUAUAAUGAGAAAAGUUAGUUUUAUUUGCUUAUACUUAAGAUAAACAAGAAACGAAAUGGGAAAUGUUUGAAAAUAGUUGAAAGUUUGGCAACAUUGAUGCUUGUGUUGCCAUAUUAUCUUAGCCUUUUUCUUCUUUAUUGUGGAAAAAUGUGUUUUUAGUGCCUCAAACGUAAUUUUCGUCGUGUGCCGUGGGCUUUUUACUUUGUGUUACAUUACAGAUACACAUUUAUUAGUAGUUAAUUAAUGCUAGUUGUAAGAAAAUUAUUUUUCGCUUUACUAAGUAUUUGCUAAUGUUUUGUUUAAAAAGGCUUUGAAAUGAUAUUCACAAUUCACUGUUUUUACGCAAGAAAUAUUUGGUGCACAUGUUUUCAUGAAACAUAGUAAUUAUUGUUAGAAAUGUAACAGCCUUAAAAGGUCUAUUUUUAUAUUUAUUGUCAAAUAAAUUACAACUAUUUAAACAUAAGUACAUAUUUUCCUAACAACGAAGUUUAAAAAUACAAACAAAAAUGGAUAUUAAUUUUAUUCGUGAUAUCUUUAUUUUGUGUUAGAAAUAUUUGUUACUCUAUGAGAAAUAAGCUUUAUAUCACAUUUGUGUAUGAUAUUACACGCAAACUACACGAUAUGUUGAGUGUUUCAAAUAAAAUGUAUUUGUGUAAUAAAA